AUGUGUUUGAAAAUGGACUCCGAAGAAGCCCGAUUAGCCAACCGGGAGAAGAUGCGACAAGGGGAGCUCUACUACGCCUUUACGCGAGAUUUAAUUGCUGCUCGAUCUCGUUGUACCAAAGCUUGCCGCCGCUUCAAUCACGCCGAGGAUGUCUCUCGUCGACGUCUUGUAGAGCUUUGGAGAGACCUUGUCCAGGACAAAACUCCUCUGCCACUCCCCAAGGACGAUCCAGAGGAAGAUGAAGCUCUAUUCGAGAAUGAACCGUGGAUAGAGGCUCCCAUCCGAAUGGACUAUGGGUUUAAUGUGAAGGUGGGUGAAGGCGUCUUUAUCAAUGCCAACUGCCACAUUAUCGACACCUGUCUGGUGACGAUCGGGGCACGGACCAUGUUCGGUCCCAAUGUGCACCUGUACAGCGGAACUCAUCCUUUGGACCCUGCCCUACGCAAUGGAACCAAAGGCCCCGAAAUGGGAAAAGAGAUCCAUAUCGGGGAGGAUUGUUGGUUGGCCGGGAAUGUUACUGUUCUCCCGGGGGUGACAAUCGGGAAGGGUGCAACUAUUGGAGCCGGCAGCGUGGUCACGAAGGAUGUCCCGGCUUUCCAUUUGGCUGUGGGCAAUCCGGCAAGGGUCAUUCGAAAGAUUGAGACUGCGAUGGAAGAGGAAUCGUCAAGUUAG